UACAGUUGCCAUCUUGAUAUUGUAACUUGAUGUCUCAUAGGUACUUAAACACUUAUGUUUAAAUUCUUGAUUUCUUCCUGCUCUAUCUACUCCAUCUCAGAAAAUGUACCCUCUUCCUCAAAUUGGAAAUGUAGGCGUCAUCCUUCAUUCCUUACUUUUUUUCACUCCCUACCUUUAGUCCGUCAGUAAGACGUGUUGAUUGAUUCGAUGUCAAAAUAUAUCUCCCUGUUAGUCUUGCAGUCCUCUAACUCACAGAGCAGCAAAAGAAGUCUUAAAAUGUAAAUCAAGUCCUUUCUCCUGCUUUGAGACCAUUUCUUUGGCAUAAAAUCUAAAGUCCAUACCAUGACCCAGGAAAUUUUGUAUGAUCUGUUCCCUUACUUCUCUAGCCUCCCUCAUGUGUUUCUCCUUGCACUGGUGCUCCUGCCUCACUGGCCUUUUGGUUACUGCAGUGUUCUGUGCUUUCUUUCACGCCUUUCUAUUUUUGGACAUGCUGUUCUCUGCGUAGAAUGCUCUUUCCCUCCACUCUCAUCCUAUAGGUUGCUGGUUUAAGAUGGUAUCAGCAUCCUACAGAAGAAGAAUUAAGAAUUCUUGCAGGGAAGCAGCAAAAAGGGAGAAGCAAAAAAGAUAGGAAAUACAAUGGUCACAUUGAAAGUAAGCCACUAACCAUUCCAAAGGAUAUUGACCUCCAUCUAGAAACAAAGUCAGUUACAGAAAUGGAUACUUUAGCAUUGCAUUACUUUCCAGAAUACCAAUGGCUAGUGGAUUUCACAGUGGCUGCCACAGUUGUAUAUCUAGUAACUGAAGUCUACUACAAUUUUAUGAAGCCCACACAGGAAAUGAAUAUCAGCUUAGUCUGGUGCCUGCUGGUUUUGUCUUUUGCAAUCAAAGUUCUAUUUUCAUUAACUACACACUAUUUUAAAGUAAAAGAUGGUGGUGAAAGAUCAGUCUGUGUUACCUUUGGAUUUUUUUUCUUCGUGAAAGCAAUGGCAGUCUUGAUUGUAACAGAAAACUAUCUGGAAUUUGGACUUGAAACAGGGUUUACAAAUUUUUCAGACAGUGCAAUGCAGUUUCUUGAAAAGCAAGGUUUAGAAUCUCAGGGUCCUGUUUCAAAACUUACUUUCAAAUUUUUCCUGGCUAUUUUCUGUUCACUCAUUGGGGCUUUUUUGACAUUUCCUGGAUUACGGCUGGCUCAAAUGCAUCUGGAUGCCCUGAAUUUGGCAACAGAAAAAAUUACACAAACAUUACUUCAUAUCAACUUCUUGGCACCUUUAUUUAUGGUUCUGCUCUGGGUAAAACCAAUCACCAAAGACUACAUUAUGAACCCACCAUUGGGUAAAGAAAGUGUCCCAUUAAUGACAGAAGCUACGUUCGAUACCCUGAGACUCUGGUUAAUAAUCCUGCUGUGUGCUUUGCGAUUGGCCAUGAUGCGUAGUCACCUGCAAGCUUACUUGAACUUAGCCCAGAAAUGUGUGCAUCAGAUGAAGAAAGAAGCAGGGCGAAUAAGUACGGUUGAGCUACAGAAAAUGGUGGCUCGAGUCUUUUAUUACCUUUGUGUCAUUGCGCUGCAGUAUGUUGCACCUCUGGUAAUGCUGCUUCACACAACUCUGCUUUUGAAAACACUAGGUAAUCAUUCCUGGGGCAUUUAUCCAGAAUCUAUUUCUACCUUGCCAGUGGAUACUAGUCUACCCUCCAAUUCUGUUUACCAUGAAUUACCCUCUGCUGAUGGGAAUAUGAAGGUAACUGUUACACAAAUAACAGUGGCACUGAGCAGCUUAAAAAACAUUUUCACUCCUCUGCUUUUUCGAGGACUUUUGUCUUUUCUGACCUGGUGGAUUGCUGCCUGUUUGUUUUCUACAAGCCUUUUUGGGCUUUUCUAUCACCAAUAUCUCACUGUGGCGUGACUCUCGGUUAACAAAAAUGAAUAUCCAAGUCACACUUUGGAUUCACAUAUUUGUGCCCUUGAAGGGCUGACAAAAACCAGAAGAAAGCAAGUACAAAGGAAAAAAAACCAUAUCAGGAUAUCUUGUUUGAAAUGCUUCCUCUGUAUUCUCAGGGUGAAUUAAUGGUAUAAUAUGGAAAAUUACAGAAUAGAUUGUUAAGUGCUAUACUGUGGCAUUGGAAUUUUAACUCCUUGUAUUAACUGAUGUGAGAGUUCUAUCCACAGGGUAAUAUUUCUGAUUACCUUGGUUUACAGAAACCUCCAGCAGUCUUUGAAAGUUUUCAUGUAACUCCAGUUAAUGACUGAUUGCUCUUAAUGGUAUUAAGGUACUUUUAAUAUUCAUGUGGCUGCCUAUAGAACAACCUUCAAACUGAGCCAUGUUUUAGAGGGGGAGAAGAACUAAAGUCGCUUCUGUUGGUAAUUAUUAGUCACAUUCUGCAAACAACAACAAAUCCAACAGAAAUGAAGAAAUAGCUACUGUAUAUUACAGUAAAGAAAGCUGCAUAGUAAUUUUAAAUUUAAUGGAGAUGUACAUGCUUGAUAUCUAUAAGUACUGCUGCUUGAAAGUAGCAAGAGUAUUGUUUUAAAAUGUGUUCUAUCCAACUUGAAGGAUCUUUCAAAAUGAUUGGCUAUAUGAACAUUUGCAGUCUUGCUGUUAGGUUUGGGCCUCCCAUGUUUUAUUUUAUGAUCCUAAAUAGUUCUUUUUAAUCUAAAAAUAUUUAUCAAUAUGGAUCAAACUUUUAGAAAGUUCCUUUGUAAUCCUGCUGACUACUUGUAUGUAUUGUAUCUAUUAUAUAUUAAAUAUAUAAUAUAUGGAGAUUAUAAAAGAUGAAAAUAUUGGAUCCUUAUAAUAUUUUAAGUUGCUGAAUGUAUGUUAAAACAUGAUUGAAUGAGAUGUAUUUGUAUCUAGAACUUUUCUUUCUUUUUGGAAUGAGAUUAAAACACAUUUUCAAAGUUCAUUAGAGCAAGCAAUUUAUUUGUGUUACCUGUGUGAGAGUAGUUAUAUUUUAUAAAUAGGUGAUUUCUCCCAAAUAAAAAUUCUUUUUCUGUUAUUUUCAAAAAUCAGAACCCUUCCCAGUCUAAACAUACCUACAGGUAUCAUUUAAAUCGUGGUAAUUAGGACUUGUUUUUCUGUAGUGUCUAGAAUUGGAAAUGUUGAAUUUUUAUUUUAUAGUCUAGAAAUAGAAUUUGAUUGAAAAAUUUAAACGAAAGUUUAAAAACUUGCAAAAUUGUUUUUCAUGCUUUUUACAUCUAAACCCAAAAUGAAGGGUUACAAUUUUAAAGGGAAUGGAUCUGAGAUAAACAUGUUUGUUUAUUUUUUAAACAAAUGGUAGAGUUGAUAAAUAUUCUUCCAUACAACUGUCUUUAGAGGAUAUAUUUUCUAUUUCAGUGCUGUUGUCACUACUGGAAAGCAAUUUUGAAACUUCUUUUGGAAUUACUUUCAAGACUCAUGGUUCACUUUCAUUUGAAUAAUCUCAAUGCAGCAAAUUCCUAUAUUUUAGUGUAGAUUAAAUAUUUUAAAAAUAGCUGCUAUUUUAAGUCUGAAUAAUAAGAUAAGUGUUUAAGUUGGUAAAACUGGUUGAAAUGAAUUGUGACUAUAGCCUAAUGAUACUUCAUGUGUAUUUCCAAAAGAAGCAUUCAUGCCAAAUAUAUCUGAAGAUAUAUCAGCAUCACUAAAAUAAGUAUCUUAUUACAAGAUAACAGCAAAGUAUGACAUUUUAUGUGAAAAUUCUCACGUGUUGAACUUGAAAAGAAUCUCACCUGAUAUAACCAUUCUUAUUUAAAAACUACAUUUUUAAAAUUAUAAUUAAAAUUAUUUUGAGUUUCAAGGAUUGUACAGUGGAUUUAUAUAGGGAAAAGAGGCAUAGCAUUAUUGGAUGGAAUAACAUAUUUCUAAAAUACUAUUGACUUAUACUUUUCAAACUUGAAUUCUCCCUCAGUAUAAUGAACUUACACAAGCUGCACAUUAAGUAAUGGGUUUGGUUUCUUAUUUUGUUUGUUUAAGCCUUUAGAAGCAAAUUUGAAGAGAAUGAUGGUUAUAAUUACUAACUGGUUUAUUUAUGCAUCUUGUCUUUGUACCAAGAUUUAUGUUCUUUAAGUGCAAAAGGGUUUGUACUUUAUGUAAACCAAAUAUUUUAAAAUUCAGAUAUAAUUGAUUUAUAACAUUGUAUUAGCUUUAGAUGUAUAACAAUGAUUUGAUACAUGUAUGUGUUGCAGAGUGAUUCCAAAUAAUAUUUAAUAGCCUAAAUUACAUCAGUAGAAUUAUUUUAUUUUUCAUAUUAGACUCUAGUCAACAUGUGCUUCAGAGGUCAGUUACUUUUAUUGUAUAUUUUUGUGAAAUUACCUGGGAAUUCUUAAAAUCUUAUUUUGUAUGAUUUGUGGAGUUUUAUUUGAUAAUUUAUUUGUUUCUUCUCCCCCGUGCUGCCCAUUGCGCUAUAAAAAUCAGAGCUCUAUUCUCCCUCCUCCCCCAAUUGGUUUGUUUGAAAUAAAAAGCCUAUAAUUUUAUCUUAA